UCCUGCCCGGGUGUUCUGGAGCCCGGGGGACACUGCACCUGCUCCGUGCGAGGAGGCGGCUGUUUCUGUGGGAGGCGCCGAGCACGGUCCUCGCUGGCCGCCCCGCGGGAGGCUGCGGGCGCGGCGGGAAGAGCCCGUCCGUCCUCAUUCUAGACGCUGCAAAAUACACUGCGAUAUUUGGGGACCAUGGCUACAGACCCACUCUCGGAGCUUCAGGAUGACCUGAACUUGGAUGAUACCAACCAGUCCCUCAGCCAGCUCAAACUGGCCUCCAUAGAUGAUAAGAACUGGCCGGCAGAUGAAGCCCCAGCUUUUCCCAGAUCAGAGGACUCCAAAGGCUCCCCUGAGCCCGUCACUCACCUGCAGUGGGAUGAUCCCUACUAUGAUAUUGCCAGGCACCACAUCGUGGAAGUAGCAGAUCAGGGUGCACUUGAUGGGUCCCAUCCAGGUGAUGACAAAUAUGGAAGGAAGGUAAUUUUGUUCAGUGCCUGCCGGAUGCCCCCAAGUCAUCAACUGGAUCAUGCGAAACUGCUGGGGUACCUGAAAUUCACACUGGACCAGUACGUGGAGAGUGAUUACACACUGGUGUACCUGCACCACGGCCUGACCAGCGAGAACAAGCCAUCACUGAGCUGGCUUCGGGAUGCAUACAGGGAGUUUGAUCGCAAGUACAAAAAGAACAUAAAAGCCUUGUAUAUUGUGCACCCAACAAUGUUCAUCAAGACCCUGCUGAUUCUCUUCAAGCCUCUGAUCAGCUUUAAGUUUGGAAGAAAGAUUUUUUAUGUGAACUUCCUUAGUGAGCUGGAGGAGUACGUGAAGCUGGAACAGUUGGGGAUUCCAAGCCAAGUCCUGAAAUACGAUGAAUAUCUGAGAUCCCUGCAGAAACCUUCACAAGUGCCCCAGAAGCCAACACCUCCACGCCCACCGCUGCCAAACCAGCAGUUUGGAGUCUCACUCCAGCAUCUCAGGGAGAAGAGUCCUGAUCAGUCUCCUGUUCCUCUGGUGGUCAGAGACACCAUUGCUCACUUGCAGGAGCAUGCUCUUUCUACAGAGGGGAUUUUCCGGAGAUCAGCAAAUACACAGGUUGUCAGGGAAGUCCAGCAAAAAUACAACAUGGGUGUGCCUGUGGAUUUCCAGCAGUAUGAAGAUGUCCACCUUCCUGCUGUGAUUCUCAAGACCUUCUUGAGGGAGCUACCUGAGCCCCUCCUCACUUUUGGCCUCUACAGCCACGUUGUCAGCUUCCAGAGUGUGGAGGAGGUGAAUCGUGUGAAUGUUGUUCGUAAAGCACUCCAGACUCUGCCAGAAGAAAACUACGAAGUGCUCCGUUUACUGACAGCCUUUCUGGUGCAGGUCUCUGCUCACAGUGACAGAAACAAGAUGACAAACACCAACCUGGCAGUUGUGUUUGGCCCAAAUCUGCUGUGGGCCAAAGAUGUAGCCAUCACCCUAAAAGCCAUCAACCCCAUCAAUACUUUUACGAAGUUCCUCCUGGACCACCAGAAGGAGCUCUUUGAGGAUGUGGAGGCCUGAACCCUGGCCAACCCACACCAGCACACUGUGCCCACCUUCCCACCUUCUUUCCCACCUUGUCUUGGAGCUGUGACCAAGCUGUCUCCAGUGCAAAGGGACCAUUGAUCCUCUGGGUGAUGAGCAGAGUGAGGGCUGUGGAGAUGGUGGAGAAAGUGUGUAAGUGAGCAGGAGACCUGCUGCUCCGGAUGGGGAGGGGAGCUGGUCUCCCAGCUGCUGAAGUGGAGUCCUAACCCACCUGCCAGUCUGUGCAGCUCCUCCAGGGCUCAUCACCAGCCUGCUCCCCUGUCAGAUGACCUGCCUUCCUUUCUUCCUUCCCUCACAUGCAGUUUUUCUGCCCUCCUGGUCCCUUCCUCAGCAAAGAUCUUUCUCGUUUAAGCUCCCAAUAGCCCCAGCUCACCCCCCUUGCCUCAGCUGGGCUGUCUGGGCUCGGGCAGGCUUGCUGGGUUUUGCAGCAGAGAUGUUUUUGCUGCAAGUGCCACCUCUCAGCACUGAAUGUGCAUCCUGCCUUUCCCCAGAGGCACCUGAAGCAGGGAAGGGAGCCAGGCAGCCCUGUGCUUCAGGUAGCAGCAUGUCCUGCACUUGCAAACACCACUGCAGAACCCGUGCAUUGGGCAGGCAGGUGAAGGACAGGCUCACAGCACAUGGGCUGUGUUACCUGUCAGACUCCAAGGAAGGUGAAUUUAGCCCAAACACCUCUGGGGUUGCCCACUGCAAAUUGUAUUGUGUUUGCUGGGGUGCAGCAGGUGAGGUGCUUCCCGUAGUUACCCAGUUCAGGCACAUUUGUCCGUCCAGCAGCAUUUCCAGCCUGGCUGGGGAGGUUCAUGCCAGACCUGGAUGUGGUGGGGGGCUGGCUGGGGCUCUUUGACAGCAGAAUGGUGGGGAGUGAGUGCCCUGGUAGCACUGACCUGCCGAACACCGAGGAUCACUGUCUUUCCCUGUGGCAGCAGCACGAGGCCUCUUCUCCGUCAGGCUCGCAUAUGUUUGCUGAAUGGCACAGGCUGCCUUGGCUCGUUGUCUUUUUGAGCAGAACUUUCCGCAGCAUGGCCUUGAGGGAAGGUCUAGAGACUGGGGCUAACCGCCACCCUGGCACACACCAUGCCUGGAUUACAAAUUUCUGCCCAGGUGCUGAGCACUCGUGCCAAAGCUGUGAAGGAACAGCUAUUCCAUGCCAAGGGCCUUUGCCCCGUCUCCUCCUCGGUUCAUGCCUACCUUCUAUCCUACCGUAGAAGCCAGGUUAGAUGCAUCCUGUAUGGCCUGGGCAUGGCUGGAGAGAUGGGGUUGUUGGCCAGGCAGGCUCAGAGUGGGGUGGGCCUGGCACCCUCCCAGAGCAGCUGCAGUACUGUUAGGGCAACACUGUUGGGUUUGGGUUGCAGCAUUCCUGUUACCUGAGCUAAAAGUGAUCCCUCUUUCUGGCCUGGGCCUGGCAGGGUGUUAGUAGGGAGCUGCUAGCCUUACAUCACCGCUGUGUUAUUAUAUAUCUUUGUAUCUUGUGCUCUGCGUGCCUGGGCUGGUCCUCGCUGCCGUAUCUGGCCACAGGGACAAAUUUUUUGGACCAAGCAGAACUAGUUUUUUAAAAGCUACUGGAUGCUAAAUAGAAUUUGCUUUUUCAUAAUGUAUUAGCCUCUCUUUAAGCGCUGACCAAAGGUCGGUGCCCCAGUUGUAAUCAAGGUACGUGACGUCUGUUGCAGGAAUUAUGGAAACUGCUCUUUUUGCUGAGCUGUGGAAUGGGGAUGGGUGUGAACGCAGGCAGCGCUGCAGUGCAGCGCAGGUCCAGCCAGGUGGCUCAGAGGAGGCACACCAGCGUGUGGGUGGGAACAGUGAGCAAGAAACCGAGCGAUGCUAAAGCUGCAGCAAGAGAUGUUCUAGGAAGGGGCUGGGUAUGAUCCCUUCUAGAUACUGGGCGACUUUGCCCCCUGUAGUCUACAAGGCUGCUUAGUCUCCCUCUUCCAAGAGUGGGAUAUGAAUUGUUUCAGCCUCAAUGAUUCACAGCAGUAAGCAAAUAAAUAUUUUGGAGGUAGAGACACUCAGCUCCUAAUCCACCUGUGAUCUCUGCUACAGUAAGUGAGCAGGGCUGAUGUGCUGUGGAGGAGUAAUCUGGGAUGGACAGUGUGGUGAGAGGUGUACUUGCCCCAGUGUUUGAGGCAAGGUGCUCUGGACAGCCUGGGAGGAGCGUGGAUGCUGAGGGAGCCCAGGGCAGCCCCUCUUUCCCUGCAGGCACCCUGGUCUGUGCAGGCUUCAGAAUGGGGGGGACUUGGUGCUCUGCCUAUACCUGCAGGUGACACCAGCCUUGCUUACAUCCCGCUAGAGGGACGGCAAACCCAGGUAAUUUCUCCUGGGACAAGCAAGCCGCAGGUUGGCAGCUUGGAAUGGGGAGUGCCUGUAUGCAGGGGCAGCAAGGACCGUUCCCUGCCUGGUGGCAAUAGGAGCGGUGCUGGGGAGGCUCAGCUUCUCUCCAGGGGGAGAGCAGGGGUUGCUGCAAGUGUCCCAGUUCUGGCUGGACUUCGGUGGGUGCUUUUUUUAAAAAAAAAUAUUUUUCUUUUUUUAGUGAAUUCUUGAAAUAGUGUUUCCUUUUUUAGCAAAAUAGAGACUGGUGCAUCCCCUGCAGGCAGGGAUAAAAGCCUGCUCCUGUUCAUUGCCUGCAGGGAACAGAUUUGAAGGGUGUUCAGGAAGCUGCUACUGCUCAUGGUGGGAAAAAGUGCAUGAAAAUCCUGGAAAGGACGCAGUGUAAUUAUCUCCUUUCCCCUGCUGUUCCUCAUGCUGGAGCUGCUGGGGGGCCCUGGGUUGCUUUUGCUUCUGCAGUCUGCUCUCCUGAAUGUCUUGUACUGUAAUAUCCCUCCUGGGAUGUAAGCAAGGAAGGGGCUGGGGCCAGCCUGCAGUCUCUGCUUGGUGGGUGCCCAGGGGCUUAAAUCCCCUCGUCACCUGGUCAGCCCCCUCACAUGGGCAGCACACUGGCUGGACUGGGUUUCUCUGCCAGGUACAGGUUGGGGCAGGAUCUGAUUAGGGUGCUGGUCUUUGUAGAUUUUCUCCUUGCUGUAGAGCUGCCCAAGGGUCUCUUCCCUGGCUCGUCUUUUAGGUUGGCUAUUAGUCACUUCUUCCUGUGGGGGAUCCUGUGCCACUUUGACCCUCUGCUUUUUAGCACCUGGACCAUUCCCCUCUGCUGAGCCUCCUGCUGUCUUAAUGGCCUCUGACCACUCCCUGCUCUCUGGCCCAAGCUGUGUACUGACACCAGAGCUUUUCGGUGGUGCAGGGGGUGCUGGGGCCACCUGGAUGCCUUGUUGCCAUAUUUGCUAAUUUGAGAGAGAGCUGAGGGCCAGUUUGGUCCCUGUUUCCUCUUUUGUGCACAGGGGCUCCUGUGCAAAACGUUUGGCUUUGCUUUUGUUGCUGGUGUUCCCUGCCUUUUCUGUUGAUGUUCAUCAGAUGCAGGGCUGGGGUUUUUAUGGUUCAUAUUGUUUAUGUCCUUCUUAUCUGCACCAAUCUUAUAUUUCACAGUUUGCACUUUUUGUAUUUCAAUAAAAAUCAAAAUGUAAUCCCA